CAACAAUUACCACGGUAGUCAUAGUUUGUGGAGUAUAAUGGGGAUUAUCUGUAAAAUUGAUUUUUAUAUGAAUACUAACAAAUACCGCCAAAUAUUGCAAUGUACAACGGACUUGUAUAAUGCAAAAGCCACGUGACACUAGAGUCGUUUUUUAUUGACAAGCUGAAGCUUAGCUAAAAAAAAAGAGUAACCACAUAAAAAUAAUCAAGCGGCAAGGAUGAUCAAGGCUAUUCUUAUUUUUAACAACCACGGGAAACCCAGGCUCAUCAGAUUCUACCAAUAUUUUGCAGAAGACAUGCAACAACAGAUCAUUAGGGAGACCUUUCAUCUGGUGUCCAAAAGAGAUGACAAUGUCUGCAAUUUUCUGGAGGGCGGAAGUUUGAUCGGAGGCUCUGACUACAAGCUGAUAUACAGACACUAUGCCACCCUGUACUUUGUGUUUUGUGUGGAUUCAUCAGAGAGCGAGCUGGGGAUUCUAGAUCUCAUUCAGGUCUUUGUGGAAACCCUGGACAAAUGCUUUGAGAAUGUGUGUGAACUGGACUUAAUCUUUCACAUGGAUAAGGUUCAUUACAUUCUCCAGGAAGUUGUCAUGGGUGGGAUGGUUCUGGAAACUAACAUGAAUGAAAUAGUCGCCCAAGUGGAGCUGCAGAACAGAAUGGAGAAAUCGGAGGGUGGUCUGUCUACCGCACCAGCACGAGCUGUUUCUGCUGUGAAAAAUAUGAAUCUUCCUGAAAUACCCCGUAACAUCAAUAUUGGGGACAUCAAUAUAAAAGUGCCCAGUCUCUCCCCGUUUUGAGUUUGCAUGUCUGAUCAUUGUGUUUUUUUGUGUGUGUUGCUACUGUGUUGACAUUCAUUGCCAUAGAUACUGUAGAUAUUGCCAUUUAUGGACUUACGACUGACCAUCACCUGAGGACUCUUAAAAGUCUGAAGCACACUACUGGGUCCAAUCAUUUACAAUGUACCUUUUCAAUUUCAGACUUUGGUUUGCAGACAAACCUUUUCCAAUUUUGAUUAUAGUGUUGUUUUGUAUUUUGUCUGUGAUGUAGCAAAAUUCCACAGUACUGUACUAACAUGUGUCAUUUAUGCCAACAGACCAACUACUAAUGUUACACAUUAAUAAUUUAUAUUAAAUGUUACUUGGUCAUUAAAAAUG